UUCAACACGCCGGCGACCUACGUGCAGAUCCAGGCCGUCCUCUCGCUGUACGCCUCCGGCCGAACCACCGGCAUCGUCCUCGACUCUGGUGACGGCGUCUCGCACACGGUGCCCAUCUACGAGGGAUACGCCCUGCCGCACGCCAUCCUCCGCAUUGACCUUGCCGGCCGCGACCUAACCGAGUACCUGGUGAAGAUCCUCACCGAGCGCGCCUACUCCUUCACCACCACCGCCGAGCGGGAGAUCGUCCGCGACGUGAAGGAGAAGCUCUGCUACGUGGCCCUGGACUUUGAACAGGAGAUGGCCACCGCGGCAAACACCAGCUCGCUGGAGAAGAGCUACGAGCUGCCCGACGGCCAGGUGAUCACCAUCGGCAAUGAGCGCUUCCGCUGUCCGGAGGCGAUGUUCCAGCCGUCCUUCCUCGGCAUGGAGGCGGUCGGCAUCCACGAGACCACCUUCAACUCCAUCCUCAAGUGCGACCUGGACAUCCGCAAGGACCUCUACGCGAACAUCGUCCUCUCGGGUGGCACUACGAUGUACCCGGGCAUUGCCGACCGCAUGCAGAAGGAGAUCACCGCACUGGCGCCGCCCUCUAUGAAAAUUAAGAUCAUCGCUCCGCCGGAGCGCAAGUACUCCGUCUGGAUCGGCGGCUCCAUCCUCGCCUCCCUCUCCACCUUCCAGCAGAUGUGGAUCAGCAAGCAGGAGUACGACGAAUCAGGUCCCUCCAUUGUCCACCGAAAGUGCUUCUAA